UCCACGAACUUGGCAUGUUGUUUGUGCAAAAAUAUAUAGAUUGAAAUUGUAAAUAAAUACUAAUUAACAUGGGAUCAAAUCGUACAUCUGGCAAAUUUAGGAAACUUGGGGAGGAAGAAUUACCCAAGUUGGAGUCUGCUUUGAUGAAGUACCUGCCAAAAUCUAGUCAGUUUUUGAACAUUGUGAGACAAAAGAUCCUUCAACUCAUCAAAGAACCCACGAUUUCGGACUUAUUUCUCUACGAGGAUGAUGACGAAACUCAAGAUUUUGAUGAGUGGGCCGACCCUUUCAUUGUUUGCGUUCAAAAUAAUAUCCACAGUGAAUACUGCAUCCUACCGCGUCCACCAGAAUUAAUUCCUAUCAAUUCCGGAAUGAUGCAAUCCUUCGAGGAAUUAAUUGACUGGGAUCGCACCCACAUUUUUGGAUCGGUUCCGCAAACCUUUCUAGACUCGUAUUUGCGACCCAUGUUGGAAAAGAGAGGGAUUCAAUAUAAAGAUUUUCCAUGCGAUGCGCAUGUCCUGGAUGUGGACACGGCAUUAAAUUAUGAGAAAGAAUACACUUAUCAAGACAACGGAAUUUCAAUGAGGGUUUCCUCCAUUCGACAAAUUGAUGCGGAUUUUGACCAAAUUUUGCAAAAUUGGGCUUGGACACUUCCUCACUCAAAAGGGAUUUUAUCCGCAACGACUCGCAACCUGGGAUCCGUUGGGGUGUAUGCGAAUCCGAACCUGGCCAGCUACGCGGUCCACUCCCCGGUCGGACUGCUCCAAGUUCUGCACACGGAGGACGCCUUUCGUCGCCGCGGGUUGGGGAUCAUCGUGAUGAAGGCGCUCGCGAGGAAGGUCGCGGACCUCGGGCUGAUUCCGAGGGCGGAGUGCAUCGUGGAUAACGCGUCCCGACAAGUCCAGCUCAAAGCGGGAAUGGUUUUUGUGGACAGGACCAACUGGAUAUUGUGCCGGCAGGAGUAUGAUGUCAAAAAGUGGAAUAAAAUGAACUCAAUUGAGUAAAUACUUAGGGAUGAAGAAAGAUCAAAGAAUAGAUAAUCAGGAAUAAAAAAAAUACUAAUUACUUUCUGGCAUGCAGAUGCCAAGAUUGGUUUUGAUUGCACAGGAAUAAAUCUUUCUUUAUUCUACACAGAA